AUGCGUCAGCUAAAAAUUUCUAACAAAAUCACCAACAGGGAAAGUCUUGCGCUAGACAAAUACCUGAACGACAUUGGGAAAAUAGUUCUGCUUACCCCGGAAGAGGAAACAGAACUGGCCAGGCGUAUCCGUGAAGGUGAUCAAGAUGCCUUAGAUAAGCUUACCCGCGCCAAUUUGCGUUUCGUGGUUUCUGUAGCUAAGCAGUAUCAAAAUCAGGGACUUUCUUUGAGUGACCUGAUCAACGAGGGCAACGUAGGCUUGAUGAAAGCCGGUAAGCGUUUUGAUGAGACCAAAGGCUUCAAGUUUAUCUCCUAUGCUGUUUGGUGGAUUCGUCAGUCUAUUUUGCAGGCGAUUGUGGAGCACUCUCGUAUUGUGCGUAUGCCGCUCAAUAAAGUAGGCUCUUACAAUAAAGUAAAUGAAGCUUUCUUGUCGUUUGUGCAAGAGUUUGAGCGCGACCCAUCCGAUGAGGAGCUCGCCGAAAUACUAGAUAUGACUCCGCGUGAAGUCAAUAAUAUGCUUCGUGGCUCUCAGCGCCACGUGUCUUUUGAUGCGCCACUAUCGAUGAGCGAAGAAGGGGACUCUACUAUGCUCGAUGUAUUUAUGUCUGAAGAGAAUAGUGAGCCCGACCAUGAUCUAGUAGCGCAGUCGCUCAAAGACGAAGUAGCACAAGGCAUGGCUAUUUUAAGCCCACGCGAGAUAGAGGUUAUUUCUUCUUACUACGGACUCAAUGGCUUCAAAGCUAUGACGCUCGAAGAAAUAGGAGAAGCUUACAGCCUUACCCGCGAGCGCGUACGUCAGAUCAAAGAGCGAGCUAUUCGCCGAUUGAGAAAAUCGCACAACAGUGGCGCUAUGAAAUCUUACCUCGGGUAA